AUGGAGCCACCCAACAACGCCAAUACCGGGCAACUGGGCCCAACUUUGCCGAAUGGCACAGUUGACUUGCCAACAGAUCUCUCCCGAGAAAUAACUCGGCACUUUGGCCUGGAACAAGAUGAGAUUGAGGAAAUUCUACCGUGUACGCCUUUCCAGCGCGACGUGAUUGAAUGUGCCUCUGAUGACAAGCGCCGUGCUGUCGGACAUGUCGUUUAUGAGAUCCCCGAAGACGUCGAUACCGAGCGAUUGGCCGCCGCCUGGAAAGCUACCGUGCGAUAUACUCCGGCUCUGCGAACCUGUAUAUUUACUUCGGAAACUGGCAACGCCUUUCAGGUCGUUCUCAGAGACUGUUUCAUUUUCGCACGGAUGUACUGCCCGUCGGCACAUCUCAAAUCCGCCAUAGUCAAAGACGAAGCCACUGCUGCUGUUGCUGGACCGCGAUGCAACCGAUAUGUCCUUACCGGAGAACCCAAUUCCAAGAGACGAGUUCUUGUAUGGACAUUCAGUCACUCUUUUGUCGACAGUGCGUUCCAGGGGCGUAUACUCCAGCAAGUCCUUGCAGCUUACAAGGACGAACAUGGCCGGGUUUUCUCUCUGCAACCAACAACUGACCUGGUUGAGUCUGAAAAUGGAGACUGUCUCAGCACACCAGCUUCUGAGCGAACCGUGGGCAUUGAACGAGCCACACAAUUUUGGCAAGAGAAGCUGCACGGACUGGAUGCCUCCGUGUUCCCUCAUCUGCCUUCCCACAAGAGGGUUCCGGCCAUUGAUGCGCGGGCGGACCACUACCUCCCAUGCCCGCCAUUCAUUCAGCAUGAAUGGUCCAGCACUACUGUGUGUCGAACAGCGCUGGCAAUCCUUCUCGCUCGUUAUACACACUCUAGCGAGGCUCUGUUUGGUGUAGUGACUGAGCAGUCGCAUGAGGAGCAUCCCCUUCUACUUGACGGACCUACAAGCACUGUGGUUCCCUUCCGCGUGCUCUGUGCUCCAAAUCAGUCAGUUUCGGAAGUCAUGGAAGCAAUUACCACCUAUGACCAUGAUAUGCGUCAGUUUGCGCACGCUGGGCUCUGCAACAUCAGCCGAAUCGGAGAUGACGCCUCUGCUGCCUGCGGAUUCCAAACAGUACUGAUGGUCACCGACAGUCGGACUGCUAGUGCUGAUGAAAUUCAUCAUGUUCUAGAAGAGCCCGAGAAAUUCAUACCAUGCACUGAUCGCGCUCUUUUACUGUCUUGUCAGAUGACCGACGAAGGGGUCUUGCUGGUCGCAAGAUAUGAUCAGAGUAUUCUCGAACCUCUUCAAAUGGCUCGUUUUCUACGACAGCUGGGCUUCCUGAUCAACAAGCUGCAGAGUACAGACGGCUCGCCAUGCGUGGGACAGCUGGAUGUUCUGGCCCCAGAAGAUCGCACAGAGAUUGAAGGCUGGAAUUCCGAACCACUGCAGACACAAGACUGCCUGAUUCACAGCGAGGUGGUGAAGAACGCUGAUGACACGCCAAACAAGCCGGCUGUCUGCGCCUGGGAUGGAGAAUGGACCUACUCCGAGUUGAACAAUGUGUCGUCACGACUGGCUUCAUACAUCAGCUCACUUGAUCUAGGGCAGCAGCUGAUUGUGCCAAUCUACCUUGAGAAAUCAAAAUGGGUCAUGGCCGCCAUCUUGGCGGUGCUCAAGGCCGGCCAUGCAUUCACCCUCAUUGACCCCAACGAUCCACCAGCUAGAACGGCGCAAAUCAUCAAGCAGGCAUCUGCCAGCAUUGCGCUUACUUCUGCACUCCAUCAGAGCAAGAUGCAGACCGUCGUUGGCCGCUGCAUCACGGUUGAUGAUGACCUAUUCCAGACUUUGACUACCUUUGAGGGCAGCCAAGUCGCUUCCGCAGCGAAGCCAGGUGAUUUGGCGUAUGUCAUUUUCACCUCUGGUAGUACUGGAGACCCAAAGGGCAUCAUGAUAGAACAUAGAGCAUUCUAUUCUUCUGUUGUCAAGUUUGGCAAGGCACUCGGUAUUCGCAGCAGCACACGCGCGCUCCAAUUCGCAACUCAUGGAUUUGGCGCAUUUUUACUCGAGGUUCUAACUACCUUGAUUCACGGCGGCUGUAUCUGCAUUCCGUCAGAUCAUGAUCGGAUGCAUAAUAUUCCAGGAUUUAUACGACAAAGCCAGAUCAACUGGAUGAUGGCAACGCCUUCGUACAUGACGACAAUGAAACCAGAGGACGUCCCAGGUCUGGAAACCCUCGUCCUCGUGGGAGAACAAAUGUCGUCAUCCAUUAACGACGUCUGGCUCUCCGAGUUGCAGCUCUUGGACGGUUACGGCCAGAGUGAGAGCUCUUCUAUAUGCUUUGUCGGCAAAAUUAGUGACUCGUCUCGCGAUCCUAACAAUCUCGGCCGGGCCAUUGGCUCGCAUUCCUGGAUCGUCAACCCUGAUAAUCCUGAUCAGCUGGUGCCAAUCGGCGCUAUUGGUGAGCUACUGAUAGAAAGCCCUGGUAUUGCACGCGGCUAUCUUUUUUCUCAAUCUACCGAGACGCCAUUCCUUGAGAGAGCGCCUGCUUGGUAUGCGUCGAAGCAGCCACCCUACGGCGUCAAGUUUUACAGGACUGGAGAUUUAGCUCGUUACGCCCCCGAUGGCACAGUGAUUUGCCUUGGCCGUAUGGAUUCGCAGGUCAAAAUUCGCGGCCAGCGCGUGGAGCUAGACGCGAUAGAGAAUCUUCUGCGACGGCAAUUUCCUAGCGACGUGACCGUUGUGGCUGAAGCUGUCAAGCGGUCGGAUCUGCCCAGCAGCGUCGUCAUCACUGGGUUCUUGAUCAGUUCUGAGUAUGUUGUUGGUGCUCCAAGUACGGAAGACACCUAUAUCCUUGACCAGGCUGUUACGCAAGAAAUCAAUGCGAAAAUGCGGCAAAUUCUUCCCGCACACUCGAUUCCGUCGUUCUAUAUCUGCAUGAAAUCGCUCCCACGCACUGCCACAGGCAAGGUCGACAGGAGAAAACUUCGGUCCAUUGGCAGCAGUCUACUAGCAUUGCAGGCACAAAGCACUGCGCCCCGUUCAAGCCAAGCCCCUGACGCAUCUGCUGGAGUGACGAAGCUUGAAGAGGUGUGGAUGGACAUCUUCAAUCUGACACCCAACUCUCAUAACAUCGGAGGCAACUUUUUCGCGCUGGGUGGAGAUUCCAUUACUGCAAUCAAAAUGGUAAACAUGGCGAGAGCAGCCGGGAUACAGCUCAAGGUCUCUGACAUUUUCCAAAAUCCUACCCUUGCCAGCCUCCAGGCAGCUAUUGGUGGCAGCUCAAUGACCGUCACCAGCAUCCCGGCGCUAGCUUUGGAUGGUCCUGUGGAACAGUCAUACUCGCAAGGUCGACUAUGGUUCCUAGAUCAACUGGAAAUAGGUGCCAACUGGUACACGAUUCCGUACGCCGUCCGUCUGCGAGGGCCACUGGAUGUUGACGCACUCAACCGCGCCCUGCUUGCCUUGGAGAAACGGCAUGAGACGCUGCGGACAACCUUUGAGGAUCAAGAUGGAGUGGGGGUUCAAAUCAUUCAUGAAACGCUUCUGGAUCAGUUGAGGAUCAUCAAUGCUGAUCAUGCCGACUAUGUUCAACUGCUCAAGCAGGAGCAGACUGCACCUUUCAACCUAGCAUCCGAAUCUGGAUGGAGGGUAUCGCUGAUACGCUUAGACGAUGAUGAUAACAUUUUGUCCAUUGUCAUGCACCAUAUUAUUUCCGACGGUUGGUCCAUUGACGUACUUCGACGAGAGCUUGGUCAACUUUACGCCGCCGCUCUACACGGUGCAGACCUUUUUGGAUCAGCCUUGAGCCCGCUUCCGAUACAAUACAGAGACUUUUCCGUGUGGCAGAAACAAGACGCUCAGGUGGCCGAGCAUGAGCGUCAGCUGCAGUACUGGCAAAAACAGCUCGCAGACUGUUCACCGGCGAAAUUACCGACGGAUUUCCACCGGCCGGCGCUGCUCUCGGGUAAAGCCACCACUGUGCCAGUCACGAUUACGAGUGAGCUGUACUACAGGUUGCAAGAAUUCUGCAGCACAUUCAACACGACUUCCUUUGUCGUGCUCUUGGCGACGUUCCGGGCGGCACACUACCGUCUUACAGGCGUCGACGAUGCUGUUAUUGGUACGCCAAUCGCCAAUCGCAACCGGCAUGAGUUGGAGAACUUGAUUGGCUUCUUUGUCAACACUCAGUGUAUGAGAAUCACCAUCAACGAGGAUGAGGAGACAUUCGAAAGCUUGGUGCGUCAGGUUCGCUCUACAACGACUGCGGCGUUUGAGCAUGAAGAUGUCCCCUUUGAACGCGUUGUAUCUGCAAUGCUACCCGGGUCUCGGGAUCUCUCCCAGAACCCGCUCGCACAGCUUGUCUUUGCCAUUCACUCGCACAAAGAUCUUGGAAAAUUUGAGCUCGAGGCUCUCGAAUCAGAGCCCCUCCAAAAUGAAGUCUACACCCGGUUCGAUGCAGAGUUUCACUUCUUCCAGGCGCCGGAUGGCUUGACUGGCUACAUCAACUUUGCCACGGAGCUAUUCAAGGUCGAAACGAUUCAGAAUGUGGUCAGCGUCUUUUUGCAAAUCUUGCGCCAUGGCCUCGAACACCCUCAAACUCUGAUUUCAGUCGUGCCGCUCACUGACGGCCUAGCGGAGCUACGCAGUAUGGGAUUGCUCGAGAUCAAAAAGGUCGAGUAUCCGCGCGACUCGAGUGUGGUUGACGUCUUCGCCACCCAAGUUGCUAGCUACCCAGACACUCUUGCAGUGGUUGAUUCUUCAUCACGCCUGACAUACGCGGAGUUGGACCAUCAAUCCGACCUGCUCGCGACGUGGCUCCGUCAACAGAAUCUUCCGACAGAGGCAUUAGUUGUGGUACUAGCGCCACGCUCAUGUGAAACAAUCAUCACCUUCCUCGGCAUCCUCAAAGCAAAUCUGGCAUAUCUUCCACUCGAUAUUAGGUCCCCUAUUACGCGGAUGAGAGAUGUUUUAUCCACUCUGCCAGGUCGCACAAUUGCCUUGCUUUGCUCUGACGAGGUUGCGCCAGAUUUCCAGCUCCCUAGCAUAGAGCUCGUGCGUAUAGCUGAUGCUUUGGAAGAGGCUGCUGGCAUGACAAGUCUGAAUGGGCAUGAACAUGUACCUGUGCCGAGCCCCUCACCAACGAGCCUUGCGUAUGUUUUAUACACGUCUGGAUCAACAGGCCGCCCAAAGGGCGUCAUGAUUGAACAUCGUGCAAUUGUGCGACUAGCAAGGAGUGAUAUCAUUCCGGAUUACCGACCGGCGUGUGGCGAUACCAUGGCCCACAUGUUCAACACUGCAUUUGAUGGCGCUACUUACGAGAUCUACACAAUGCUUCUCAACGGUGGGACACUGGUUUGUGUAGACUACAUGGACACUUUGAGUCCAAAGUCGCUGGAAGCCGUGUUCAAGAAGGAGCAGGUCAAUGCGACUAUCAUGGCGCCAGCAUUACUCAAGCUAUACCUCGCUGACGCACGAGAUGCCCUCAAGGGACUUGAUGUCCUCAUCUCUGGUGGCGAUAGAUUCGACCCUCAGGAUGCUGUCGAUGCGCAGUCACUUGUUCGAGGCUCUUGCUACAACGGAUAUGGUCCUACCGAAAAUGGAGUCUUUAGCACUGUAUACAAGGUUGACAAGAACGAUCCAUUCGUGAAUGGUGUUCCCCUGGGACGAGCGGUGAAUAACUCGGGAGCUUAUGUUGUCGAUCGCAACCAGCAGCUCGUCGGCCCUGGCAUUAUUGGAGAGCUAGUGGUGACUGGUGACGGUCUUGCCCGGGGCUAUACCGAGCGAGCAUUUGAUCAAAACCGGUUUAUUCAGCUAAAGAUUGAGGGACAAUCUGUAAGGGGAUACCGGACGGGAGACCGGGUACGCUAUCGGGUAGGAGAAGGCCUGAUUGAGUUUUUCGGGCGCAUGGAUUUCCAAUUCAAGAUUCGAAGUAACCGCAUCGAGGCAGGGGAAGUUGAGGCUGCCAUUCUCAGCCAUCCCGCUGUGCGUAAUGCUGCCGUCAUUCUUCACGUCCAAGAGAAGCUGGAGCCAGAGAUUGUCGGAUUUGUCGUUGCGGAACACGACGACACUGCCGAACAAGAGGAAGCGGGCGACCAAGUUGAAGGGUGGCAGGCAUUCUUUGAGAGCACCACAUAUACUGAACUUGACACUGUCAGUUCGUCCGAGAUUGGCAAGGAUUUCAAAGGCUGGACUUCAAUGUACGACGGCAACGAAAUCGACAAGGCAGAGAUGCAGGAGUGGUUGGACGACACUAUCCAUACGCUCACGGAUGGCCAGGCUCUAGGUCACGUACUCGAAAUUGGUACUGGCUCUGGCAUGGUACUAUUCAAUCUCGGCUCUGGGCUGCAAAGUUUCGUUGGUCUCGAACCAUCCAAGUCAGCAGCCGCGUUCGUCAACAACGCCAUCAAGUCUACCCCCGCCCUCGCGGGAAAAGCUCACGUCUUUGUCGGUACCGCUACAGACACUAACAAGCUAGAUGACCUCCAUCCGGACCUUGUGAUAUUCAACUCGGUUCUUCAGUACUUUCCGACCAGAGAUUAUCUAGAGCAAGUUGUGGACGCUCUGGUGCACUUGAGGAGUGCUAAGCGCAUCUUCUUUGGCGACGUACGAUCGUAUGCAACCAACAGGCACUUUCUCGCAGCCCGAGCAAUCUAUACUCUUGGAAAUCACACGACCAAAGACGAGGUCCGGAAAAAGAUGGCCGAGAUGGAGGAACGAGAGGAGGAAUUUCUUGUUGAGCCCGCCUUCUUUACUACGCUGGUAAACCGGCUUCCCGACGUCAGACACGUCGAAAUCAUUCCAAAGAAUAUGCAGGCUACAAACGAGUUGAGUGCGUACCGUUAUGCGGCUGUUGUACACUUGCGCGGCCCAGACGAGCUUACGCGGCCUGUGCAUCUGAUCAAGAUGGACGACUGGGUGGACUUUCAAGCAUCCCAUAUGCACAAGGAUGCGCUUCGAGAGUACCUGCGGCUUGCUGAAAACACAAAGACGGUGGCCAUCAGCAACAUUCCUUACGGAAAGACGAUCUUUGAGAGGCAGGUUGUCGAAUCCCUUGAUGACACGAGCGAGGAUGCGCCGCACGCAUCGCUCGAUGGUGCAGCCUGGAUCUCGGCUGUACGCUCCGAUGCCAAGGCCCGCUCAUCUCUCUCCGUUCCCGAUCUGGUGCUCCUUGCCAAGGAGACUGGAUUCCGUGUAGAGGUGAGUGCAGCACGGCAGUGGUCUCAAAGCGGUGCGCUAGAUGCCGUCUUCCACCGCUAUCAUCCGGCCGAGCCCGACGUCCGUACGCUGUUCCAAUUCCCCACGGACAAUGACGUUCGAAUGUCUGCGCUCCUCACCAAUCAACCUCUCCAGCGACUGCAGAAGCGACGAGUGGCGGUGCAGGUUCGUGAAUGGCUGCAAGACCGGAUACCGUCUUACAUGAUCCCUUCCCACAUUGUGGCGCUCGACCAGAUGCCGCUCAACACCAGCGGCAAGGUCGACCGAAAGGAACUGUCUCGCCAGGCCAAAGCUAUCAAAAAGGUGCAAAAGUCGGCACCACCGACGGCGCCAGCGUUUCCACUGAGUGAAGUAGAAGUUAUGCUGUGCGAGGAGCUGACCAAGACGUUUGAAAUGGACGUCAACAUCACCGACGACUUUUUCCAGCUUGGCGGACACUCGCUGCUUGCCACGAGGCUGGUUGCGCGAAUCAGUCAUAGACUCGGAGCCCGUCUGACUGUAAAGGACGUAUUCGACUACCCCGUCUUUUCUGAGCUUGCCGACAUUAUUCGUCAACAGUUGGCCUCGAAGAAUACCCUCCUCCCUACAGCUUCGGCCGGUGGUGGUGGCCAGGACAAGAAAGAGUCUGCAGGCGUGGCUCCGACUACUGACAUGGAAGCCAUGCUGUGCGAGGAAUUUGCAAACAUUCUCGGCAUGGACGUUGGAAUUACCGACAACUUCUUUGACCUCGGCGGGCAUUCACUCAUGGCUACGAGGCUGGCCGCACGCAUUGGCCACAGACUGAAUACCACCAUCUCGGUCAAGGACAUUUUUUCCCAUCCCGUUAUUUUUCAGCUCUCGGCUAAGCUAGAGGUUUCUCAAUUGGAAAGCUCCAGCGGGGGUACCGACAUUAAAAUGCCAGACUACACUGCCUUCCAGCUCAUUCCCGCCGCCGAUGCGGAAAAGUUUAUGCAGGAUCACAUUUACCCGCAAAUCAACUUUUCACAGGACAUGGUUCAGGACGUCUAUCUAGCCACACACCUGCAGCAAUGUUUUCUACGCGACGUCUUUGGACGGCCGAAGCCUCUUGUGCCGUUUUACGUCGAGUUUCCACCAGACUCGAAUCCUCAUACCUUGGCCACAGCGUGCACAUCGCUGGUUGACAAGUACGAUAUAUUUCGGACAAUUUUUGUCGAAGCCGAGGGCAAUCUCUAUCAAGUCGUCUUGAAGCAUCUCAACUUGGACAUUGACGUUGUUGAAACCGACGCCAAUGUCCACAAGACGAGCAGCGACUUGGUCGAUGCGAUUGCAAAAGAACCUGUCCGUCUAGGACAGCCAAUGAUACAAGUCAAGGUUCUGAAGCAGACAUCGUCUGUGAGAGUCCUUUUGUGGCUAUCACAUGCUUUGUAUGAUGGCUUGAGUUGGGAGCACAUUGUCCGAGAUCUUCACAUUCUCUCCAAAGAGAGGUCCCUCCCGCCGGCAACCCAAUUUUCACGGUACAUGCAGUACGUGGACCAUACUCGAGGACCUGGUUGCGACUUUUGGCGUGAUGUUUUACAAAACGCACCAAUCACAAACCUGAGCGAUGCCGGUAGUGGCGGUCGCCCUACGAAAGCCGGCGAUCCAAGGGUCUGGCAUGCAGGCAAGGUCAUUAGUGGUCCUUCUCAAGCCAUUCGCAGCAGCAUCACACAGGCGACAGUCUUCAACGCUGCUUGUGCCAUUGUACUGUCAAAAGAGACUGGCACAGACAAUGUCGUUUUCGGCCGCAUCGUAUCGGGAAGGCAAGGUCUGCCAGUACGCUGGCAAAACAUCAUCGGUCCAUGCACAAAUGCGGUUCCCGUCCGUGCCGUGGUGGAUGCGCACGGCAAUCACCAACAAAUGCUUCGCGACCUGCAAGAGCAGUAUCUGCUGAGCUUGCCGUACGAAACGAUUGGAUUCGACGAGAUUAAGCGCAGCUGCACGGACUGGCCCGAUUCCGCCCGCAAUUAUGGCUGCUGCGUGACAUAUCAAAAUUUCGAGUACCACCCAGAGAGCGAGGUGGACCAGCAGCGCGUCGAAAUGGGCAUCCUGGCGAAAAAGGCUGAACUGAUCAAGGAAGAACCGCUAUACAACGUGGCUAUAGCAGGCGAGGUUGAGCCGGACGGAGUUCACUUGCAGGUGACUGUGGUUGUCGAUUCGCAGCUGUUUAGCCAGGAGGGGGCAACGCACCUGAUGGAGCAAGUAUGCAAUACGUUUCAGGCUUUGAAUGCGUCUUUAUGA